AAAAUACUCGAUCUUAAUUAAUUAAAAAUUAUCAAAAAUAAAAUAGUUAAAUUAAAUUACAAUUUCAUUGAAAAUAUUUAAAUUUUUAUGCUUAGCUCAUACAGCCUACGCUUAUUGUGAAGUGUUGACAGAAUCUGAACUGAAGCUCCAAAUCAGCUCAAUUCUCACGCUAGCUCCUCUUAACCCACCUCACAAAUCUCUAACUGAAAACACUUCUCUUCUUGUUUUAGCGCUUUACCCACGAGAGACAGAAUUCAAGAGAUGGCAAUACGGAGGCUGUUGUUGCUCUUGAAACCAUUUAACGUUUACCCGUUUGGCCAAUCUAAGAACCUCCCUCCCAUCACCAAUCCUCAGGUGUUACGCUAUCUGGAUAAUAGGCGUAGGGUUCACAAGGAUGCCGUAAACUUCUGUCAAGACAUUUUGCGGCAGAAGUCAGUUGAUUGGGAACCCAUUUUACGCACUGAUCUUUUGCAACCAAUUCAUGGUUUUGAUUUAGUCAUUACCGUUGGUGGUGAUGGCACUCUUUUGCAAGCAAGUCAUUUCAUGGAUGACUCAAUUCCAGUUCUUGGAGUGAACUCAGACCCCACACAAGUUGAAGAGGUGGAGGAAUUCAGCGGUGAUUUUGACGCUACUAGAAGUACUGGCCAUCUAUGUGCAGCUACUGUCAAAAACUUUGAGCAAGUACUGGAUGACAUCCUUGGGGGUCAAGAAAUUCCUUCUAAUAUAUCAAGGAUGUCAGUAAGUGCAAAUUCACAACUGCUGUCAACAUAUGCUCUUAAUGACAUAUUGAUCGCACAUCCAUGUCCUGCAACAGUUUCACGGUUCUCAUUCAAAAUCCAAAGGGAUGGUGAAUCAUGUACCCCAUUAGCAAAUUGCCGAUCAAGUGGUCUCAGAGUCUCAACUGCUGCCGGAUCAACUGCUGCAAUGCUCUCAGCAGGUGGAUUUGUAAUGCCUAUUUUAUCUCAGGACCUCCAAUACAUGGUAAGAGAGCCUAUUUCACCUGGAGCCGCCAUCUCUAGCCUAAUGCAUGGGAUAAUAAAAUCAGAUCAGUCCAUGGAAGGCAGAUGGUUUUCUGAGAAGGGUUUAAUAUAUAUAGAUGGCUCUCAUGUAUUUCACUCUAUCCAAUAUGGGGAUACCAUCGAAAUAUCUUCCAAGGCCCCAGUUUUGAAAAUUUUCUUGCCUCAUAUUAUGUAAUCAUGGAGUGCAUGCGAAACCAGUUGAGAAGUGUAAAUAUCCAAAAGAGAGGGAAAAUGGAAAUCGUGUGAACAUUAAUUGUGAGCUAA